GUGCACGCAGUCCCCAAACCAGAAACAUGAAUAUGAGCCCCAUUCACUACUUGCAAUGAGCGCAUGUGGGUUGGUUUAAUGGAAGAGAAACUCAUAGAAGAAUUAGUCAUAUGAUUAUAUGUCGUAGAAUCAACCAAACAAAGAGGAGUAUUACCAGAAGUAGUAGAAGUGGCAAAGGCUGAACUCAACAUAUAUGGAAUUCCCUCUUGCAAUGCCUCGGUCACUAUCUUGCGCACAUCUGCUGAGGUGAAGAUAGUACCAGCGGAGGAAGAGGAUGCGGCAGGCAAGGAAUGAGCAGGAGCAGCGAGAGAAGCUACUGCAUAACUCGAACCGAAAGCCCCACUCGCCCGAGGUUGGUGAUUUGGACAGUAGCCGCCUUUCUUAGCAAGAAACUUGCAAUCCGUGAUGACAUGGACUGUCUGUUUUCAUUGGAUACACAGAUUCCGACAUCGGCAAUGAGGUUGAAUGUGACAAAUCCGCGAGCUAAAGUUCCCCUGUUGAAAUUGAGGACGAUGAGAAUUACUCUUGCCAACUUCAAAGGUCGAAUCACCAGCAGUAAAAUUAUCCAACUUGGCUUGACUCCUAAGACGAAUCUCUUCCUUGAUCUACUCAGCAAGGGCCUCUUCCACACUGCUCGCCUGACGAUGAAGAAGAGAUACUUGCAGGGGCUCAAAUUCGGGAUGAAGUUUGCUCAAAAACUGCAUAAAACGAGAGCGAGAACACUCCUUCAACACUUCUUUUGAUGCAGCAAUAGAAACUAGAGAGGCUGUAAGCAUGUCAUAUUCGGUCCAACGUGUCAUUAAGGCUUGUUAAUAAGACCAAAUAUCACGAUCACCCUGAUGAAAAGAAGAGAGCUCAGUUUCGAGCUCAACCUGUCGAGCAACCUGUGAAUAUGUGGCGUGAAUAUAAGUCCACAUCUACGAAGCUAAAGAAAAUCAACUAAGACUAGGUGCCAUUCCAAGAUCUACAGAAGUAAGUAACCAGUGAAUAACUUGGGCAUUACCUGCAUCCAAUCCUCAAUCUCCUUCUCGAUGACCCAACAGCAGGUUUGGGAAGAGUCCCAUUCAAUAUCGUGAGCCGACGCUUGCCUUCAAUAAAAGUGCGGAACUGAU